GCACGACGGGAAUCGUGGGUGCCGGAAGCAGUAAGAUAGGCGGCUCCCGUCGUGCUUUGCGCGUUGACAGUUGCUAGGAGACCAGCGGCCGGAAGCGCGGGAGGUUUGACUCCAGGGAUGGGGAGGAAGUAUAUGGAAUGACAGACUGGCUUGACCCUGCUGUUAUGUGGCUGAAGAGCCUGCUGUAGUUACAUCCGAGCUGGGCACUGGCAUUACUACUGUCAUUUCUACUGUCCACAUCCUUUCCUUGAAUUAGCUCAGACUGAACUACAAUUCCCAUAAUCCCCUGAAAGUUUUGGCAACAAGGGGAGGCCUUUAGUGCGAAACAGCAGUUGCUAGUAGGGCUAAUCCUGCAGUUGGAGAAGGCAAAGUGAAGCAGCCGGUGCACAAAGUACAGUUCUACCGACCGUGAGGAUGAGCAGCAGUGAACCUGUAUUCUCCAGUCAGGGGGAUCCAUUCCCAUCUCCAGUAAGAGGCAGGACCCACUAUUGCCCAUCAAAGACAAAGCCUCUAACAGAAGACCAAAAGCAAUCUGUUCUCAGCCCAAGUCGGCUUUAUUCCCUGUCACCUCAUCUCUCUGAUUCAUUGAGUCCACCGGACCUUAGUUUUCUGGGAGGUAUCCAGCGGUUGGUGUCUGGGGCCCCUGAGUCUGAUUCUUCUGGGCCGUUUGAUGAAUCCUGGCCUUCCACUGAUGGGAGCUCUUCUAAGACGCCGGAAAGAGAUGAGCGACUGACUGUACCUGGUACUGGGCAGGUACCUUACUCUACUGAGCCAUCAUCUCAGGACUCCGUCAUUGCUAGGUACUUGGAAAGGUUUCGAAGUGGACGUCCUACCAGCCGACUGGAUCGCUCUCCUCCCAGUGUUGGAAUGAAAGAUUUCUGGUGGCUACAGACAUCUCCUGACAGCCUUGAUGUAGUCAGGAAUCACUCUGUUACAGGAGUCAAGUCUUCUACAAGAUUCUCCCCGCAUAAACUUGAGAUGAGCCCACCCUGUCAGGAUAUGUCUCUAAGUGAUUCCAAGUUGUAUUCUAAUCAUGUGGACAUCCUGAGCCUUCAGGAGAAAGCAGGAAAGCUUAUACUCCAGAGUGAAUCAUCUCUUAGCAGCGUGGGCGCCGUGAGUUCUGAAGGCAUUGGAUCCUCUCCAUCAUCCAACGUCUCAAGCACAGGUUCUGACCAAAGCAGACAAAGUUUCGCUGUACCAAGUCAGCCAGUUCCAUCCACUGAGAGGCGCAUUCCAGCUCUGACCCCUGCAGCCGUAGGAAGAUUUUCUGCAUUAGCACCAGAGAAUGACAUUCUGUAUCAGUGGCGUCUGCGGAGGAAAAUGGAACAGGCAAGGGAAGGAACCCUGGCACCUCCAACCCAGAAACGGACCUUCUCUCCUCCAGUCAGAAUCCCCAAACAGGUGCCGGUCGCUAUGGAUUCUACUAUUUCAGAGCACUUCAGAGAGUCCCAGAAAGUCACCACUGACCCAAGUGAUGCCAUUUCUGAUAGGCAGGAUUGUAUUCCUAGUUCUUGCCUUGACAACAUACCCAUUGCUAGUCCAUCUCUAAGCAUUCAGACUUGCACUGUCCCUCCCCACUUUCACCUUCAGUGCGAUAUCCUUCCUUAUGUACACGGUCAUCCCUCAUUGUCCUGUAUCACGCACACACAGGAGAAGGAAAGGGUUAAACCUGGUGAUCCCCACCCUCUCCCUCCAGAUUCCAAUGAUCUAGCUAAGCAUCACCAGAAACUCUUACCAACCAGGAAGCCCAAAAAAAUGCCCUGUCCUCAGCCAGACCUGAAGCUGGCAGAGCAACAAGAGCCCAAGCAGGUGGAGCGCAAGAAAGAGAAGCAGAAACAAACAAAAUUGGGACUGGCAGAAAGAAAAGAAAAAAUGGCAGAGCACGUGCCCUUGGGACCCUCAUUUAAUCGUGCUGUCGGGGAGGUUAUCUCAGAGAGGCUGUUUUCACCAUCCCCAACUCCACAACCCAAGGCUGAAAAUAGAAAUGAGAAGCAAACUCCUCCGCCUUCACCUCCACCUGAGAAGCAAGCUCCUCCCCCUUCACCUCCAUCCAAUCAGCUGCAGCCACUGGAAAUCGCUGCACAGCUACUGGAAGAAGCAGAAGACUCUGAUGGAACAGACUUCGAAGAUGACCCAUUGCUGCACGUUCUGCGAGAACAUCGGAAGGCUCUGCGAAGGAGACUCCUGGCUGUGAAUGAAAGGCUUUCUGAACUGGAGGCGGAAAACAGAGCUGCUCCAUCACCCCUCCCAUGAUGCAUCCCUUCCUUACCUUUUUAUAUAUGUGUAAGUCUCUCUAUUUAUAUCUUUUUGUAUGUGACCAGUAGAACGACGGGUUCCUUGUUCCGUGAAUAAAAUGUACAUUUGCACA